CCUACGACAUCAUCCAUCACCUCAUCCGACAUAUAAUCAUUUAUCCUCUUAAUUUCAAAGGCUUAGUUAGGGUUCGUCACAUCCAUAGAAGAAAAUAGAAACCACCUACCAUAAAACAAGGCACUGAAAUUGCUUAUCCAACCAAGAAAAUAGUCGUGUGGUGAAAUAAAAAAAUCAUGCAAAACAUGAAAACAUGAAAAACAUACGAGACCAAGUCCACAAUUAUGUUUAGGGAAGGUUACAGCCAAGGAGGAGCGGACAUAUCAAUCUUAGGAGCGGUCACUCACCAGCCAGCACCUUACUACUUAACGCCCACAUUGUUGGAGCCUCCGCCCACAUUGUUGGAGCCUUGGUCCUGCCAACUCUCAACCAAUGAAAUGUAGAUAUCCAGAGCCUUAUUUUUAGUAUGAACCAAUGGUCGAGCUGUGGUAGCUGAAGAACAAGACUCAUCCUCUAGCUUUUUGUUAGUUUGAAGGGCUGCUAAUCUCUGUGAGAAUGGGAAGAGUUUUUAAAGCUGUGGAGGAAAUGGACCUUAGAGAGGGAAGCAAUGAAGAUUACCUACAUGCUGAUGUCAAAGCACCACGGAUGGCAGGGAUGCUCAUUAGAAUUUUCGCGUGGCUCAUGGAGACAAGGAUCAUUGGUCCGAUUGCAAUGUACAUACUGAAAAAGGGCAAUCUGCUUCACGAGCUAUUCACAUAUGGGCAUUACAAGGAGCCUCCUAUGUAUUUUCCAAAGUAUCCUGAUGAAGAGAUUAAUGAACAAGAAGUAGUUUGCAUCAAUCCAGUUUCUUCUCCACUGGAACGUGUUAAUCAAGCUUUAAGUUGCCUUCCUCGACAUUCCUUAGAUGACCAAAUAUCAGAUACAGUGCCAUUUUUCCGCCGCUGGACAAUUCGUGAUUUUUCAAAAGCAUAUGCAUCAGGGAGAAUUACCCCUAUGAUGGUGGCGGAACACUUUUUAUCUGCUGUUGAAGAUUCCUCAAAGCCUUAUUCUCAAAUGUCCAUUUUUAUUAAUUAUAAUUCUAAAGAUAUUUUGAAACAAGCUGCAGAGUCAACAUCUCGGUAUGAGAGAGGAGAACCACUUUCAAUCCUUGAUGGUGUGCCAAUCGCAGUGAAGGAUGAGAUAGAUUGUUUGCCCUAUCCUACUACAGGAGGUACAAAAUGGUUGCAUAAGUUUCGUAAAGCUACAGAUGAUGCCACUUGUGUUAAGCUUUUGCGAGCAUGCGGUGCAAUGCUUGUUGGAAAAACAAACAUGCAUGAACUUGGAAUGGGGACUAGCGGCAUCAAUCCUCACUAUGGAGCAACUAGAAAUCCAUACAAUAAUCAGAGGAUCUCUGGGGGUUCAUCUAGUGGAUCUGCUGCUGCAGUAUCUGCAGGGCUGUGUCCUGCUGCACUUGGUGUCGAUGGAGGAGGAUCGGUGCGCAUGCCUGCAUCAUUGUGUGGUGUAGUCGGGUUGAAACCCACAUUUGGACGUAUCUCGCAUUUUGGAGUACUUCCUCUCAACUGGACAGUGGGUAUGGUUGGGGUGUUGGCAGCAACAGUGGAGGAUGCACUGAUUGUCUAUACAGCAAUAUGUGGCCAUUUGCCAUCUGACCAAUUGGUUUCAUUGCCGCCUCAAGUAAACCUACCCCUGUUGCAAACAAACAAUUCUGUUGGGGAUCUCAAGCUUGCAAAAUACACAAAGUGGUUUAAUGAUUGUGAUGACAACAUAAGAAGUACGUGUCAUCAUGCUUUAGAUCUAUUGGCAGGGAAUUAUGGAUGUAAGAUCUUGGAGGUGACUUUGCCAGAGAUAGAGGAGAUGCGCCUUGCACAUUAUGUAACAAUCGGCUCUGAAUGCAACACGUCUAUUGGUUCUUCUUUUGAGAAAUUAGGUUUGGCAUCAUCAGGAUGGGAUGCAAGAUUUGCUUUUCGUGUAUAUCGUUCUUUCAGCAGUAAGGAAUUCCUUAAUGCCCAGCGUCUUAGAUAUCGACAAAUGUAUUAUCAUAUGGAGAUUUUCAAAAAUGCAAAUGUCAUUGUUACACCCACAACUGCGGUAACUGCAUAUCCUAUUCAACAAGAUGCACUGAAAUAUGGAGAGCUUGAUUAUAUAAAUGGUGCUGCACUUAUGAGGUAUCAGGUGGCAGGGAAUUUUCUUGGGCUGCCAGUUAUUACCGUUCCGGUUGGCUAUGAUAAGUUGGGAAUGCCAAUUGGCCUUCAAUUUAUUGGUCGUCCUUGGUCUGAAGCAACACUGCUACGUUUGGCAUUUGCAACAGAGGUUUUGCUUUCACAAAAUUAUAAGAUGCCAAAGACAUUCUACAACAUUCUUGAUUGAUAUUUAAAGCUCCCAUUUCAAUUGUUGUUUUGGUCUCCAUAUUAUUAACUGUACCCUUGAUCUCCAUAUCAUUGCUGUUGUAAUUUUAUUUCUUGAAGCCUCGCUUCAAGGUACUUUCGGUAUGUCAUUGAAUAUAGUUUAAGGAACUUGGUAAGUUACUAGUAGUAUAAUAUCUUGUAAGAAUGAUAGGAAUCCAAUUUAUUCAAUAACAAAGAGAUGUUAAACAUAAUUUUCUCAUUAAAUUGAACCAAAAAAAUAGAAAACAUUUAUUGUUCAAA